AUGUCUGCUGUUAAAGCAGAAUCAUUGAACGGAUGCAACUCAGAUUCCAACGCCGUGGUUUGGUGUCCGGGCGAUACACUCAUGGCAGACCCAGAUAUCGCCGGAAUAGGGGUCAUCAGUUCCUUUAUCGCCUCGUCGUGUCUAGCGAUCAUCGGCACCUGCCUCUACCUCGCGCUGAUCCGCUCUGGUCUUGUCCCGGACGGGAGUUUCGACCCGGCCGACGGGCGAGGGCGCAGCCCACCCGCCCCAGAUGAGAGUUUCAACCUGGUCGACCGCUGGAUGCGCCAACACAUCUGCGCCCCAUCUGUUCGCUUCGUCCUCCGGUCGCGGUGGAUAGAUACCCGCAUCGGCAGGAUCCGGCGCACGCUCUUCUCCUUUGUCAUGUCACUCGCCGACAUGCAACUGGUCACGGGCAUCGCCAUGCUCACCGCCGCCGUCAUCAAACUGCAACGUGGCAGCAUCACCGUGUACCAUUUCAGCAUGGUGACCAACCUCGCGUGGUUCAGCAGCAACGUGCAUCUGCUUGCCCUGCUAGCCAUUCGCACGGAGCAUAUUGGGAGUAUGAAGAAAAGGCGCCGUUGGUUGCGGCUGACGUCGCAGAUGGGGUUGUCAAUGUCAGGGAAGACCAGGUCCGCAUUCAGCUGGGGAGGGGAUAUCAUCGCACGAAUUGUCGCUAUGCUCACCUUGGCGGCAUUGCUGUUAUACUGUUCGUAUGUCUCUGGGGCCAAGGGGUGGGAUCACAACUACGACUGCCCUGCUGCCUGUGCAAAAGGGAAAGAGAAGGGAGGAAGCCCUCUUGCAUGGAUGGUGGUAGACUUUGUGCUGGUGCUUCUGAUUUAUCCGCAGAGAUGUCUGGCCCUAUGGCCAGCAGUGGGAGCGUGGUGGAUUGACAAGGCGAGACAUCGGAUCGUUGAUUACCAAGGCCUUCCCGGAACAGACAGAGAUCGGAGGCUGAAUUCGCAGCGAAAGGUGUUUGCCUGGGUCUGGAACAGCAUGCAUGAAGGGUGGAAAGACUACUCGGAUAUUGGAAAGGAGAAUGAUGUGGAAGGCUUUGGCCAGUUGGUCCCUCUACUACUUCUGGGGCUUCCCUUCUUGCAGAUUCUGGAGACGUACUGCGGAAUCCUCAAGAACACGUUUAAACGCCAGGACGAUCUGAAAGAUGUCAGUAGGCUACGGUCACUCACGAACUAUAAACGUACAGAGCGGGUAGUUCUCGUUCUGAGCAUCAUACAGCGUUAA